AUGGACAACGAAAUCCGACCGACCUGGCAGUCCCCGAAUUUCACUCCCAAUUUUCCUGGGACUGAGCGAGAUAGCUGGAAAACCGCGCCAGGCACACCGAGAGAAGACUUCAUAUGCAACAUUGACGCUAUUUCAGAGGAAUGCGAAACACAUUCCAGCGAUGUUAAGAAGUCGAGUAGGGAGCCAUACAUACCGAGGCGGGAGUGCAACGAAAAGUCUGAAUAUGCUGAACAUAAUUCAGAUAUCGACGGCAUCGACUGGAGACCUGGCUUCAAAAACCAGUUUCCAUGGAUCGGCUUUGCGGGACUUGUCGUCAUCUUUGUGGCAACUGCUACGGCUGUGAUCAUUCUGGUGUCCUCGCACAAGAAGCGCGUCAAGGACUGGCCCUUCUACGCGAUUGUUACCUCCGGCAGGUACUUCAACCUGGUCGCCCUUGCCGCGCUUAUGACCAAAUUCGCUGUCGUCGAUAGCACUCUCUUCCAAAAAGCGACCAGGACAAUCGUAACUCAGCAAAAGGAGUACGCCAAUUCCACCAUGACUGGAUGGGUUGAGAGAGACUGGCCUGCGAAUUUUGGCGGGAUACCGGGGGCAGAUGGUCAUAUCAAGACGGUGGAUGCGGCAUGGGCCAGCGUCUUGGAUGCAUACAACGGCAAGCUCGCCAAUAGCAAGGUGCACGAUUCCCUCAAUGACACGGCAUCUUUCUUCGAUUGUCCCUAUAGACAGGAAUGCAGUGGUGCUAUCGAAGGCUUAGGCUUUGCGUUCGAUUGCACCACCGAAUACGAAGAUGUCGACUAUGGGCUACGGCAGUGGGAGAGAUCUGAAUCUUUCGGCACACCUCAUUUGUUGUGGGAUGUCAAAUUUAGACCAUCAUGGGCAAGCGAAACCAAGACAUACGCCAGUAUCGAACUUGAGAUGCGGUAUGUCGACAGCCACGCUGGGGAGGACGAGCAUUCCUGUCCAGGGACCAUGAAUAUCCGCACAUGCGAUAUUAGGCCCGCAGUUGUUCGGUACCCCUUUACGGUCAUGGUACCAAGUAAAGAAGAACUAGACGGCGGAAAUAUCGUUACACAUGUCAAGUUCUUCAAUGACGACCGGUUCUGGAGUACCGGUACUAACCUGAACGAUAUCACCCAAAUCGACGACUUGAAGGUGCUGAAUACCGCCAAGCUCAACGAGUACUUCAACGAGACCUCUACUGUCGGAGCAUUGGCCUACAUCAUGAACAACCUCUACGAAUCCUCCGCAAAUAUCAGCCACGGUUCCACUUGGGACAUCGUCGCGCGAGGCGCAUCAGCUCAAUCCAUCUUCUACGCUGAAUCAGAUGAAGCAGAGGACCGCUGCUGGUACAACAUUAAGAAACCUGGUCGAGAUGACCCUACCAUCGAGCUCUUGCGCAAACUCAAUACCUUGAGUUUCGUAACCUCUCUGUACAUCAAAGGCGCACCCACAACCGAUGUAGACGAACGCAAAGCCCUCGGCAUGGCCAGCCAAAACAUUACCAUAUCCGUCACCGGCAUCGUAGAAGAAUACCUCACCUCCUCCGCCUACGUCUUCGGCGCCCUCGCAGCAACCUUCAUCACCGUCAUACUCGUCCUACCCGUCUACUGGGGUUUCUGGCAACUCGGUCGCAAAGUCACUCUAGGUCCACUAGAGAUCUCACAAGCAUUCGGUGCGCCCAUCAUCGCGCCCGACAAGAUGAAAGCAUACCACGGCGACUUCGACCAGGUGCUUGAAGAUGUUGGAGACAGGGGAGUGCAGUAUGGGCAGCUCAGCAAUGCGCCGCCGGGGCAGAUGGGACUUGCGGAGCCGGAGAGGGUGGUUGUGCCCAAGGCUAGUCAUCGGUGGCGGGUUAGUGGGCAGAGGGAGAACAGGAGAAUUGGGCUGGCUGCAGUCUUUGGAGGUGCGGUCGCUGCUACCAUGUCGGGCAAUGCGAGGGAUUGA